UACGAGAAAAACAUGUAUUUCAUCCAGUCAAGUUGCCCACCAUGAGCCACGUUCCUCGUCAAUGUCCUAAAAGUUAAGCUGAUUGAAGCAGGGCAGAAGCCGGUAAUACUCGCAGUGAAUCAUGGGGAGUGCUGGAGAAGAGAGCCCCGGGAGUGCUAUCGCUAUGGUCUCAGGUUCGGCAAAGAAUGAUGCCGGCGACAGAGUGAAGGAGCUUAUUGAAGCGAUAGAGGCGGCUGGGAUGUUUGGCGGGUACAGGAAGACGCAGAGGAAGGAGUGCUUGAGCUUGGUCAGGAGGCUGAAGCUGCUGGUUCCUCUCCUGGAGGAGAUCGGCGAGCUUCGGGAUAGUGGAGCUUGCUGUGAUUCUUUAAGUUGUUUGGCCGAUUUGGAGGGAGCUCUGGUUUCGGCGAAGAAGCUGCUGAAGCAAUGCAGCUGUGGGAGCAAGAUCUAUCUGGCGUUAGAAAAUGAGGCAGUGAUGAGUCGAUUUCACGCUGUUUACGACAAGUUAAACCAGGCCUUGGAUGAUCUGCCUUAUGAUGAGCUCGGGAUCUCUGUCGAAGUUAGAGAGCAAGUUGAGCUGAUGCGGAUGCAAUUGAAACGAUCCAAAAGAAGGACCGAUACUCUGGACAUAGAGCUGGCAAUGGAUCUGAUGGUCGUGCUGUCCCUGAAGGACGAUGACCGGAGAGCAGACAAUGCAAUCCUCGAAAGGCUGGCUAACAAGUUGGAACUCCGCAACAUCAGAGACCUCAGAACUGAAACUUUGGCAGUGCGAAAGCUCACGAAGAAGAGGAAUGGGCAGAAUGCCGAGAAUGUACAGCAGAUUGUUGGGUUGCUGGGAAAGUUCAAACAGAUAGUGGGAGCAGAAGACCAGAGUGUAGUGAUCGAUUCAUCGGCUCGAGCUAAAGCUCUGGAGAGGUGCCGAUCGUUGCAGAUCCCUCACGAGUUCCUGUGUCCGAUAACCCUCGAGAUAAUGACGGACCCAGUUAUUGUUGCCACGGGACAGACAUACGACAGGGAAAGCAUAACAAGGUGGCUUGACUCGGACCACCGGACAUGCCCAAAGACCGGGCAGGUCUUGGAACAUCUGUCGAUGGCGCCAAACUAUGCUCUCCGGAACCUCAUCUCACAGUGGUGUGGGAAGAACAACAUCGACCUGCCCAAAAGGGAAAUCCACUCGAGUUCCUGCAGCUUGUCCCUAGACCUCGUGGAUCGAAUCUCCUCCUUAGUACAAGACCUAUCCUCUCCUCAACCUGAUACCCGAAGAGAAGCAGCUGUAAAACUCCGAGUCUUCUCAAAGGAAAGUCCGGAGAACCGGAUGUUAAUCGCAAAUGGUGGAGCUGUCCCACCAUUAGUCCAGCUCCUGUCAUUUCCCGAUCCCAACAUCCAAGAGCACGCCGUGACUGCACUGUUGAACUUGUCCCUCAAUGAGUCGAACAAACGGCUGAUUGCCCGAGAAGGGGCGAUCCCUCUGAUAAUCGGCAUUCUAGAAAGCGGGACGCAGGAAGCCCGAGAAAACUCUGCUGCGGCCCUCUUUAGCAUCUCGAUGCUAGAUGAGAACAAAGUCCUCAUUGGUGCCUUGAACGGGAUACCUCCAUUGGUAGAUCUCCUAAAGGAUGGAUCAGUUCGGGGCAAGAAAGAUGCCGCCACGGCGAUUUUCAACCUCUCCCUGCACCACAUGAACAAGUCGAGGGCGAUCAAUGCGGGAGUCAUGAAGCCUCUAAUUCAGCUCCUCGAUGACAGGAACUUGGGGAUGGUCGACGAGGCCCUCUCCAUCUUACGUCUGCUCGCUUCCCACCCCGAGGGCCGGAAGCAAAUCGGGCGGCUCUCGGUGAUCGAGACACUCGUGGGCAUCGUGAGGAAUGGGACACCGAAGAACAAGGAGUGUGCAGCCUCGGUGCUUCUUGAGCUCGGGAUGAACAACUCUUCGUUCCUACUGGCGGCUCUUCAGUUCGGGGUGUACGAGCAUUUGGUAGAGCUCACGAGGUGCGGGACUAGCAGAGCCCAGAGGAAGGCCAAUGCACUUUUGCAGCACAUGAGCAAGUGUGAGCACAUCCCCUGAAAGUUUACAUAGGUAGUACGUACUUUUGUUCAUCCGAUUCACUCGGGUGCUCUAGGAGUCAAAGAUAUCGGGUCAGUUGAAAUAUGGGUGAGAACAUGCGUUCGAGAGGGAAGCUUCGUUUGGUUGUCCUCAUUGUAUCUAUAGGGAACUGCAUAGGGUGUAAGAAUGACUUACAUUUCAAGGCAAAAUGGCAAGGAAAUCGUGCAUUUCAGAUUUCAUUUAGUAUGCAU